UUCAUUGCAAAAGUGGAGUCAUGGCGGAGGAACAGCAGCUGCCAGGAGCCUCCGGGGAGGAGGACACCGGGGACGGUCCUCACCCGCCCGCCGAGGACGACCGAGGAGACGCAGGGGAGAGCUCCAAGGAACAGGCGGCCAACGCCAUACCUAACCUGCUGAGGAUGCUGAAGGCGGCCGAGAGCAGGUGGACCCCCGGUCAGGGUCGGGACGGGACGAAGGAGGGGGUCACGGAGGCCCUCAAGACCGACAUGAAAAUACAACUGACGGAGCAGGAAGAAGAAUUCAACAAGCGACCUAUGAAGACCGUCCCGCGCACGCUGUCGAGGUCCAUCUCGCAGUCGUCCACCGUCAGCUACAGCUCAGUCAGCAGUGACUGCUUAGAGGAUGAGUCCUCUCCUAGGAACAAGGUCCAGAAGACAUCCAAGGGCACCUCGGACUUCUGCAUCAAAGACAUCAAACGAGCCGACUUCGGACGUCGAGAAAUUGCCAUUGCAGAGCAAGAGAUGCCUGCACUGAUGGUUCUGAGGAAGAGAGCGGGAGCGGAGAAGCCUCUGUCCGGGGCCAAAGUGGUCGGCUGUACGCACGUUACCGCACAGACCGCAGUUCUGAUUGAGACUCUGGCCUUGUUAGGGGCUCAGUGUCGCUGGGCGGCCUGCAACAUCUUCUCCACUCAGAACGCCGUGGCUGCGGCUCUGGCUGAGGGAGGCACGUGUGUGUUUGCAUGGAAGGAGGAGACAGAGGACGACUUCUGGUGGUGCAUCGAUCGCUGUGUCGGAGCCGACAUCUGGCAACCCAAUGUGAUUCUGGAUGACGGGGGUGACCUGACCCACUGGAUCGACAAGAAGCACCCCGGCCUGUUCAAGAAGAUAAGAGGCGUUGUGGAGGAAAGCGUUACGGGAGUUUAUCGCUUGUACCAGCUGGCUAAGGACGGCAAGUUGUGUGUUGCCGCCAUGAACGUCAACGACUCUGUGACCAAGCAGAAGUUUGACAACCUUUACUGUUGUAAGGAGUCCAUCCUGGACGGCUUGAAGAGGACCACAGACUUCAUGUUUGGGGGCAAGCAAGUGUUGGUGUGCGGCUACGGUGAGGUUGGCAAAGGUUGCUGUGCCGCCCUCAGAGCCAUGGGAGGAGUUGUGUACGUCACAGAAGUGGAUCCCAUCUGUGCCCUGCAGGCCUGCAUGGACGGCUUCCGAGUGGUCCAACUCAACCAGGUGAUCCGACAGGUGGACGUGGUCAUCACCUGCACAGGCAACAAACAGGUGGUGGCCAGGGAACAUCUGGAGAGGAUGAAGAACGGCUGCAUCGUCUGCAACAUGGGACACUCCGACACUGAGAUCCAUUUGACCAGUCUGCAGACCCCUGAGCUGAGGUGGGAGCGGGUCAGGCCUCUGGUGGACCACAUCAUAUGGCCAGAUGGGAGGAGAAUAGUCCUGCUGGCUGAGGGUCGUCUGCUGAAUUUGAGCUGCUCCACUGUUCCCACGUUUGUCCUUUCAAUCACCGCCACAACGCAGGCUCUGGCCCUCAUAGAGCUGUUCAAUGCUCCCGAGGGACGUUACAAGCAGGACGUCUACCUGCUGCCAAAGAAGUUGGAUGAAUAUGUGGCUAGUCUUCACCUUCCCAGCUUUGACGCUCACCUCACAGAGCUGACCGACGAGCAGGCCAAGUACUUGGGCAUCAGCAAGCAUGGGCCCUUUAAGCCCAACUAUUACAGGUACUGACCUACUGGACGUCAAAUUGAAGAUUUUCAGACCAACUCCGUUUUAAUCAUUCCCUGCUGACCAACUGUUUGUUUGCUAAGAUGUUCAGCGUUCCUAGAAAGAUGUACGAGAUACAUUUUUUGCACAUUGUUGUGUUUUUUUUUAACUCAUUAGCUGUGGAAGAAAAUAUGUAUUUGUGUAAGCUAACUGUUAGCGACACACUGUGCUAUUAUGAUGCUAGCUUGAAAUUUCUCAUACAGCUCAAUACAGAACGCCCGCCGUUACUUCCCGAUUUUGGGCCCGACGAGCACAUGUGUGUCAAAUUUGAGCAAUAUCAAGCAAACUAAUUGUGUGUUGAGAUCAGCACUCCGACAGCCUCCUAUAGAGGGCGCCAGAAAUUAAAUCUACAUGUGAAAA